CUUUGAUAUUCACCCUCAACGUGGUCGUAAGUCAAGAAUUUAGAGCUCACGAUAGACAAUAUCUCAUUACCUACCACCCUUCUCAUUGACAAAACAAAGACAAAGACAAAAACCAAAAGAAAAAGAAAAAGAAAAAGAGAAAUUGCUUCCUCCUCAGUCCUAGGUCAUGGCGCCCCAUCAAGAGCUCAAACAACGUCGUCGGGAAGACUACCGCUAUAUCUUGGAUUAUAGGACGCGAUGGGCCGACAACGAUAUGUAUCAGCACAUGAACAACUCCAUCUACAACUUCCUGUAUGACGCCGUGGUCAACGCCUACCUGAUCGAACACUGCAAACUCAAUCCUUCGUCGUCUCCGCAGCACGGUGUCGUCGUGCACUCUAAUAACGACUACUUCGCUUCCAUCUCUUUCCCGGCCGUUGCCGAGCUCGCCCUGCGUGUGAACAAGCUGGGGAAAACGAGCGUCACGUAUGAAGUGGCUCUAUUCGAAAAAGGUGUCCCUGAGGUCCGGUCCGUUGGCGAGUUCAUCCAGGUCUUCGUAGAUCGCCCUACGGGGAGGCCCGCUGCGUCUGGCAUGAGUGAUGAGAUGCGCAAGGGGUUAGAACGGAUCCUUGUAACCACUGAGCCCAAUAGCAAGCUAUGAAGCGUUCUCGCGAUUUCUUUCUUCUUUAUUGUUCCUAUUUUAUUAUUAUUUUUGGUCUCUUCAUUCGUUUCAUCUCGACUAUUCAUGAGAAAUUCAAACAUGGCCGAACAUCUCUUUACACCUCGCUUUACACUCGUAGACUGCCCUCUUCAACAACAUCGUCACCGGCCCCCUCGCUGUCGUCUAGCCGUUUCAGAGCCCGCUGACAUUCUAGAUCCCAUUGACUCAUUCCCACGAUCACCCAUUCCAAAGCCCCCACCAGAUACAGGGCGACACACUGUCCCACCCAGAGGCCUGCCAGCCCCCAGCCAUGGAAGGCGAGGUAGAUACCCGCGGGCAGGGCGCCGCCGUAGUAGCUCACCAAGUUCACCGUGGCGCCGACCCACUGCCGCCCCAUGCC